UUCUAUUUCAAUCUACCUUUAUAUCAUCAGUUUCUUCACCCUUCACCUGAAUCGUCCUCUUUCAAUCUACCUUUAUGAUUGAAUCUCUACAGCCACAAACGAAUUCAAUGCUUUCCUAUAAUUCUCAGAUACGUUUCAUGCCAGCAAUUAUUUAACAUCAAGCCCAUCAUGGAACUGGUUAUCUUCUCAAAUAUCGCCCCCCCUUUCAGUUCACCUUCCUUUCAAUGAAUUUGUAAAAUGGUUCAGUCACUCUCUUCCACUGGUCACCGACGAUUGUUCUCCCUUCACUCGAUCUCAUCGAUCAUCCUAUUUUUUUCUCCUACCACGAAACAGAUCGGUCCCAGAUGAUGGUGGUCACGAAACUUCGACUUCGUUUCCUGCUAAAUCAGAGAAAACAAGUAAUCAGUGGGUGCUUGUUAUUCAUGUUUUUCGUUCAUCUGAACAGGAACUGUAAUGGGGAGAAUGAUAAGCUAAAGUUGCCGGCUUUUAGGGAUUAUAAAUUAGAGGAAUUAAAAGCUACGACUGGAGGGUUUUCUGUGGAGAAUGUUGUGUCUGAGCAUGGUGAGAAAGCGCCUAAUGUUGUGUAUAAAGGAAAGCUGGCUGAUAGUGAUCGCUUGAUCGCUAUUAAGCGGUUUAACAAGUCGGCUUGGCCUGAUACUCGCCAGUUUCUUGAUGAAGCAAGAACACUUAGGCAACUUAGGAGCCAAAGAUUAGCAAAUUUGUUGGGAUGCUGCUGUGAAGGAGAUGAGAGAUUGCUGGUGGCAGAGUUCAUGUCUAAUGAAACUUUAUCCAAGCAUAUAUUUCAUUGGGAAAGCCAACCACUAAAAUGGGCUAUGCGGUUACGGGUGGCAUUAUAUUUGGCACAAGCAUUAGAGUACUGCUGCAACAAAGGGCAAUCACUGUACCAUGAUCUGAACACGUAUAGAAUCUUGUUUGAUCAGAGCCCACGAGCGCCCAAUCAAUGUCGUUUGUCGGGACCCACGAGUAUUUAGCUCCGGAGAUCAUCAAAGGCGAAGGUCAUGGCAGCGCGGUUGAGUGGACGGUCGGGAUAUUUCUUUACGAGCUUUUGUUCGGGAAAACUCCGUUCAAGGGGAAUGGUAACCGGGCCACUUUGUUUAACGUUGUCGGGCAACCGUUGAGGUUUCCCGAUUCGCCUUCGGUUAGUUUUGCGGCGAGGGAUUUGAUCAGGGGGUUACUUGUGAAGGAGCCGCAGCAUCGGCUGGCGUAUAAACGAGGGGCAACCGAGAUCAAACAGCACCCGUUUUUUCAGAGCGUGAACUGGGCGCUGAUGCGCUGCGCUACUCCGCCGGAUGUACCGAAACCGGUACCGGAAAUGGUGGGAGUAGAUGUGAAACCUUCCGGUAACUACUUUGAGAUUGAUUUCUUUUAGUGUUGUUUGUCAAUGGAUUCUACUGAAUUUCAAAGGAACUUGAACCUGUGUUUUUCUUUCAAUGGAUUGACAGUUAUAAUCUGGAUUAAGGAACCUUUUUAAAGCAUAAGUUAAAGAAAAUGUCAUGUUAGAUUA